UACAGUAAGUUUCCUGCGUGUUUGUCUCUCUUUCUGUGUGUGCGUGCGUGCGCGUGUGAGUGUGUGAGUGUGUGCGGGUACCUCUGGCAUCUCUGGUUUCGUAUAGGGUGUUGAAUUACCCAAUGGGAGCUUUAAUAGAGCCAGAGGCACUCUUGAUUGUAAGUCUGGAUGAGGGAGAGAUUGAAGGGAGGAAAGGGGGGAACAGAGUGCAGCUGUGAGGCAAGAAAGAGAGGGCACAACAACUCCUGCAGAGCCGGGGACCGGAUUACUAAGAGGACUCAAUCCAAACGCAGCGCACAGCUGCCUGAAUGAUAACCAGGAGGAGGGGGACCCUGCCAGGAUCUUCAACGUGGCACCGCUCGAGGUGUCCCCUCUGUUUCCCGCCAUCCAACCAGGCUGAUAGCUAGCGACCACCCAGGCGAUGGAGGUGCCGCUUGUCAAUUUCGAGAACAUGGAUGACGUUGGCAUCCACCUGGGAGACCCGAGUGACUCCGGGUACCCGACGUCCCCUCAGUCAGAGGCCCCCGAUUCCAACCUGCUACCCCGCCGCCUGAGCUCACCGCGCCAGUCGCCGCGCAGGGGACGACGCGGGCAUCAUUCUGGUCAAGAGGGGCUGUCGCCGUCCUCUCCUCCGACUCUGACCACUAAGGCGACCUCCAGCAGCGGAAGCCUGAUCUCCAAUCUGAAGCUCCUGAUCAACAGCGAGUCUCCCACCGACAGCGUCUUCAGUAAGCUGCCGAGGGAUUGCUACGAGAAUGAAGACUUGUUUGAAAAGCACUUUGUUGAAGACAAAGACGAGAAGGUUGUCAUCAAUAUUUCAGGCCUGAUGUUUGAGACCCAGCUCAGCACCCUGAAUAAGUUUCCAGAAACGUUGCUAGGUGACCCCAUGAAGAGGAUGAGCUACUUCGACCCCAUGAAAAACGAGUACUUCUUUGACCGGAACCGCCCGUCUUUUGAUGGUAUCCUGCACUACUAUCAGUCGGGGGGGCGAAUCCGCAGACCAGCCAACGUUCCUUUAGAUGUUUUUGCGAAUGAAAUAGUUUUCUACGAGCUGGGUCAUGAAGCGAUGGAGCAGUUCCGCGAAGACGAAGGGUUCAUCAAAGAGCCAGAGGUCCUUCUGCCCACCAACGAACUCAAAAAGCAGUUCUGGCUCCUGUUUGAAUACCCAGAAAGCUCCAGUGCAGCCAAAUCCGUCGCUCUGGUCUCGGUGUUUGUCAUCGUCAUUUCCAUCGUCAUCUUCUGCCUAGAGACUCUGCCAGAGUUCAGGGAGGACACUGACUUUGCCCCGGGUUUAACCCAACUCAUCAACGGGACCCAAACGGCCACUCAUCCCGCCACCAAAGACGUGUUUGCGUAUCUAACGGAUCCCUUUUUCAUCGUGGAGACUAUUUGCAUCAUUUGGUUCUGCUUUGAAGUCGGUGUCCGCUUUGUGGUGUGCCCCAGCAAAAGGGAUUUCUUCAACAACAUCAUGAACACCAUUGACAUCGUCUCGAUAAUUCCCUACUUUGUCACCCUUGGAACCGAGCUGGCUACGACCCCCGAUGAGGAUUUGAACUCCAGUCAGAACAUGUCCCUGGCGAUCCUGAGAAUCAUCCGUCUGGUGAGAGUUUUCCGAAUUUUUAAGCUCUCGCGACACUCGAAAGGCCUACAGAUCUUGGGGCAGACCUUGAAAGCCAGCAUGAGGGAACUCGGGCUUCUCAUCUUCUUCCUUUUUAUAGGCGUCAUCCUAUUCUCAAGUGCCAUCUACUUUGCAGAAGUGGAUGAGCCGCAGACGCAGUUUGUCAGCAUCCCCGACGGCUUCUGGUGGGCUGUGGUGACGAUGACCACAGUGGGAUACGGAGACAUGUGCCCCAUCACAAUUGGAGGCAAAAUGGUCGGCACCCUCUGUGCCAUUGCCGGUGUCCUGACCAUCGCCUUGCCCGUCCCCGUCAUCGUUUCCAACUUUAACUAUUUCUACCACCGCGAGACCGAGCAGGAGGAGAAACAGGUGAUGGAUGCAGCCGCGGACGCCGCGCAGAAAAUGUCAGCGGCAAACAAGUAUGGAAGCACGCCGUCUUUAAACAAGAGCAACGGCACCUGGCAGAACGAGAAGAAUGGCACACAGCAAUAGAGAAAUGUAUGUGUCCAGGGCAUGAAAAGCGUGUCCCGUGGUGAGUUCCUCGUUCUCACGCCGUUUUGUACUGUGGACAUUGCACGAUUUGUGCGUAUUACGACAGUAUUAGAAGGCCCCGUGCGGUGAGACAGCCUGUACACGAGACGUACGUCUGCUUGUGGAUGUGUCAAAGUGCAAUUAACACAACUCACUGCUGUAACUCCCACGAGACGCUGUAAAAAAUGAUCUUCUUUCAUUCAGGGCAAUUUGAAGAAAAAUCAGAUGGCUCAUUUGUGCGAUUAGAAUUUUAAAUGUAGACGGUCAGAGAAGGCAAAUCGUUCGUUUUGGUCAGACUUCUCCUGGAGGGUCUACGUAAGACCACUUGGCUUGACAUUCAAGGGCAGGCGAAGGCGUCCUGUGUAAGGAAGAGGACACAGGCGCACACAUCGUCUUGUCAGCAAAUCUAUAGCUGUGAAUACUCAGCCAGCAGAACUUCUCCAUAUGACACAGCGGAACAAUAUCAGGGCGAUAAUUCGUCGGCACCUUUGCACGUCUGUUAUUACCCUUAUGGAUGCAAAAUAUAACUGUAUUAUAGUACAUGCAGUAGUUGCACGCAGCUUUCAAAAUCACAAGAUAUUUUUCAUGUCGUAUAUUAUUUCCCAUCCUACACAGAUUUAUCACCUUCUGAUAUCAUCACAAUAUGAAUUUGCCCUUUAAAAAGCAUAUCAGUGCAUUCAACCGGAAGCUUAUUUUACAAAUAUCUCGUGAGCAUUAUUGGAGCUUUACACCAUCAGCUGUUGGCAGGGAAAGCACAUUCCUCAAAGUGUAUAGAAAUAUGAGAUGUGUGUGUGUCUGUGUGUGUAUACUGUACGUUGGUGUGUGUGUGUA